AUGUCUGCAGAGCCAGAGCACGCGCAAGACAAGCGCAAGGUCAACCUCGACAACGACCCGAGCGGCAAAGAGCAGCAAGAUGAGGACGCAACCGCCACAGCCAUCCUCAAGCGCAAGAAGAAGCCCAAUAGCCUCAUCGUCACCGAUGCCACCACCGACGACAACUCCAUCCUCGCCCUCUCAAACAACACGAUGGAGACGCUGCAGCUCUUCCGUGGCGACACAGUCCUCGUCAAGGGCAAGAAGCGGAAAGACACCGUGCUUAUCGUGCUCGCUGACGACGAUCUCGACGACGGCUCCGUGCGCAUGAACAGAGUCGUUCGCCACAAUCUGCGCGUCAAGCUGGGUGAUGUGGUCACCGUCAACCCCUGCCCCGACAUCAAGUACGCCAAGCGUAUCGCUGUGCUACCAAUGGCGGACACCGUCGAGGGUCUCACCGGCUCCCUCUUCGACGUCUUCCUUGCUCCCUACUUCCGCGAAGCCUACCGCCCCGUCAAGCAAGGCGAUCUCUUCACAUGCAGAGCCGCCAUGAGGACGGUGGAAUUCAAGGUGGUUGAGGUCGACCCGCCAGAGUACGGCAUCGUGGCACAAGACACCGUCAUCCACUGCGAGGGCGACCCAAUCCAGCGCGAAGAUGAGGAGGACAAGCUCAACGAGGUGGGCUACGACGACAUCGGAGGCUGCAGGAAGCAGAUGGCGCAGGUCCGUGAGCUGGUCGAGCUGCCCCUGCGGCAUCCGGCACUCUUCAAGUCCAUCGGUAUCAAGCCACCGCGUGGUAUCCUUCUGUUCGGACCUCCCGGUACUGGUAAGACGCUCAUGGCUCGUGCCGUGGCAAACGAGACCGGCGCAUUCUUCUUCCUCAUCAACGGCCCAGAGAUUAUGUCCAAGAUGGCCGGUGAGUCCGAAAGCAAUCUGCGGAAGGCAUUCGAAGAGGCGGAGAAGAACAGCCCGGCUAUCAUCUUCAUUGACGAGAUCGACGCCAUCGCGCCGAAGCGUGAAAAGACAAACGGUGAAGUCGAGCGCCGUGUUGUCUCUCAGCUCCUCACCCUCAUGGACGGCAUGAAGGCUCGCUCAAACCUUGUGGUCAUGGCCGCCACUAACCGCCCGAACUCCAUCGACCCUGCGCUCCGUCGUUUCGGCCGCUUCGACCGUGAAGUCGAUAUCGGUAUUCCCGACCCAACUGGCCGUCUCGAGAUCCUGCAGAUCCACACCAAGAACAUGAAGCUCGGAGACGACGUCGAUCUUGAGUCGAUCGCAGCUGAGACUCACGGUUUCGUCGGUUCUGACAUGGCCUCUCUCUGCUCCGAAGCAGCCAUGCAGCAGAUUCGUGAGAAGAUGGACUUGAUCGAUCUGGACGAGGACACAAUCGACGCCGAGGUGCUCGACAGCCUUGGUGUGACACAGGAGAACUUCCGCUUCGCUCUCGGCGCCUCUAACCCGUCUGCGCUCCGUGAGGUCGCUGUCGUCGAGGUGCCGAACGUGCGCUGGGAGGACAUUGGUGGUCUCGAGGACGUCAAGCGCGAGCUCAUCGAGUCCGUGCAGUACCCAGUCGACCAUCCCGAGAAGUUCCUCAAGUUCGGCAUGUCUCCGUCCCGUGGUGUGCUCUUCUACGGGCCACCAGGUACUGGUAAGACUUUGCUCGCCAAGGCAGUCGCCAACGAGUGCGCGGCCAACUUCGUCAGCAUCAAGGGUCCCGAGCUGCUCUCCAUGUGGUUCGGUGAGUCUGAGAGCAACAUUCGCGACAUCUUCGACAAGGCUCGCGCGGCUGCUCCUUGUGUGGUCUUCCUGGAUGAGUUGGACUCUAUUGCGAAGUCUCGUGGUGGCUCUGUUGGCGACGCAGGUGGUGCUUCCGACCGUGUCGUCAACCAGCUCCUCACUGAGAUGGAUGGUAUGACCAGCAAGAAGAACGUCUUCGUCAUCGGCGCCACCAACAGGCCUGAGCAGCUUGACGCCGCUCUGUGCCGUCCAGGCCGUCUCGACACCCUCGUCUACGUCCCUCUGCCCGACCAAGCCGGCCGCGAGUCCAUCCUCAAGGCCCAGCUCCGCAAGACCCCAGUCUCAUCCGACAUCGAUCUCUCCUACAUCGCCAGCAAGACCCACGGCUUCUCCGGUGCCGACUUGGGCUUCAUCACGCAGCGUGCCGUCAAGCUCGCCAUCAAGGAGUCCAUCGGGCUGUCCAUCGAGAAGGAGAAGCAGCGCGAGGCUGCCGGCGGUGACGACGACACGAAGAUGGAGGAGGACGUUGAGGAGGAGGACCCGGUGCCAGAGCUGACCAAGAGGCAUUUCGAGGAGGCUAUGGCCUUGGCUCGUCGCUCGGUCACCGAUACGGAGAUCAGGCGUUACGAGGCUUUCGCACAGAGCAUGAAGAACACUGCUGGUGGCAGCCAGUUCUUCCGCUUCCCAGAGGGUGGUGUUGAUGGCGGCAAUGCGGAGCAGCAGCAGAAUGGUGGCGGCGACGAGGAUCUUUACGACUAA